CAUCUCUCUCUUUCACCCUUCCUCUUUCCCUCCUCUCACUCAUUUCUCUCUUUCUUACAUAAACACACUCACAAAAACACACUUGGUCUGCUUGCUUACUCACUUAUGGUCUCUGUCUCUGUCAAUCUCUCUGUGAACAAAAUCAAAACCUAAGACUCAAAAAUCAGUGAGAGAUAACAGUAUGGGUAAGUACAUGAAGAAAUCAAAGAUCACUGGAGACGUUGCUGUGAUGGAACUCUCAACCGGUGUCCUUACAAGAGCUAAAACCCUUGCCUUGAAACGUCUCCUUAAACCCUCUCCUCUACCUAAUCCACAUGACACUUCUUUUUCUUCUUCUUUCUGCUAUCUCCAGCUCAGAAACCGACGCCUCGAGAAACCCCCACCACCUUGCAAACAACUGCAACCCAAAGACAAAACUUGCAAACCACAAAACUCUGACACUGACUCUACCUCUAACUCAAUACCAAAUUCUAGCCUAAGGUUGAACUCCCUUCGCUCUGGCUCAGUUGGCGUUGGGUCGGUUCCACUCGGUUGUGAUGACAGGGAUGUGCAGGGGCCUUUUGGUAAUAAUGAAUUGAUGGAGAAUGAUGUUAAUGAAGUCGCCGCUGAGGAGGCCUCUUUUGGAGAAAAUAAUUUGGAGCAUGAACCCAGAGACAGGAGCUCUAGAGAAAGCACGCCAUGUAGCUUGAUUAGGGGCUCAGAUGCCAUCAGAACUCCCAUUUCCACCACUAGACAAAUUAGAUCAACUUACCGUGGAGGCCAGAAUGACAUGCAGAGAAUUAUACCGACACCACGCGAACUGGAGGAAUUUUUUGCCUAUGCUGAGCAACAACAACAGAGAUUUUUUAUGGAGAAGUACAACUUUGACAUUGUGAAUGAUUUGCCGCUCCCGGGACGUUACGAAUGGGUGCAAGUGUUUCCAUGAGAAAAACUCGUUAAAUUUGUAGUUCUUGUCCCAGCGACUUCUUAAUUAGUAACUCUCACAGGGCUUUGAAGGAAGUGGCUGGGAUGAGCCAGUGACUUAUAAUCCUAUCUUCUAUGUUCAUGUAAAGAGUGAUUGAACUAAGAUGUGUAAUUUAAGGAUCUGAAACUAACAGAACUUAUGAAUUACACACUAACCAAAAAUUCAAGGGAAAGAAAUAAUGUCAGGAUGUGUAGUUUAGGGUUUUAUGGUCUCAUCACUGUAAUUUCA